AUGUCAGAAAUACACUUUCGGGAAAUGGCCUCUAAAUCUUGGUUGAAUUUUUUAAUUUUCCUCUGUGGAUCAGUAAUAGGUUUUUUUUUAUGCUCUCAGCUAUUUAGUAUUUUGUUGGGAGAACAGGGUGACACACAGCCCAAUAUUCUUCAUAAUGAUCCUCAUGCUAGGCAUUCUGAUGAUAAUGGACAGAAUCAUCUGCAAGGACAAAUGAACUUCAAUGCAGAUUCUAGCCAACAUAAAGAUGAGAACACAGACAUCGCUGAAAACCUCUUUCAGAAAGUUAAAAUUCUUUGUUGGGUUAUGACAGGCCCUCAGAAUCUAGAGAAAAAGGCCAAACAUGUCAAAGCUACAUGGGCUCAACGUUGUAAUAAAGUGUUGUUUAUGAGUUCAGAAGAAAAUAAAGACUUUCCUACUGUGGGAUUAAAAACCAAAGAAGGCAGAGAUCAACUCUAUUGGAAAACAAUUAAAGCUUUUCAGUAUGUUCAUGACCAUUAUUUAGAAGAUGCUGAUUGGUUUCUGAAAGCAGAUGAUGAUACAUAUGUCAUACUAGACAAUUUGAGAUGGCUGCUUUCAAAUUAUGACCCUAAAGAACCUAUUUACUUUGGGAGAAGAUUUAAGCCCUAUGUAAAGCAGGGUUACAUGAGUGGGGGAGCAGGAUACGUACUAAGCAAAGAAGCCUUGAAGAGAUUUGUUGAUGCAUUUAAAACAGAGAAAUGUACACAUAGUUCCUCCAUUGAAGACUUAGCCCUGGGAAAAUGCAUGGAAAUCAUAAACGUAGAAGCUGGAGAUUCCAGAGAUACCACUGGAAAAGAAACUUUUCAUCCCUUUGUACCAGAACACCACUUAAUCAAAGGUUAUCUACCCAAAACCUUUUGGUACUGGAAUUAUAACUACUAUCCUCCUGUAGAGGGUCCUGGUUGCUGUUCUGAUCUGGCAAUUUCUUUUCACUAUGUUGAUUCUACAACUAUGUAUGAAUUAGAAUACCUCGUUUAUCAUCUUCGUCCAUAUGGUUAUUUAUAUAGAUAUCAACCUGCCUUACCUGAGAAUAUAUUAAAGGAAAUAAAUCAAGAAAACAAAAAUGAAGAUACAAAAGUAAAAUUAGGAAACCCUUGAAAGAAAAAUGUGAAUGAACCUAGGUAAAAUGUCCAGCAUUGCAGUGAAGAACUUCUGCAUUUCUGACAUAGAACCCUGAAAUCCCAUUGAGAAAUUCAUUCUAUGAGAACAUUC